AUGUCAAUUAAAGCCCAUCAAGCCACUGCAUCUGAUAGCAUGUACCCAGGUCAGUCUCUGGCAUGGAACCAGACCCUUAUUUCCAGAAGUGGAAUUUUUGAAAUGGGUUUCCUCAAACCUGGUAAGUCUCGCUUCUUUCGCCUAGGCAUAUGGUAUAAAAUUAUAUCAGAGUUUACGGUGGUUUGGGAAGCUAAUCAUGUAUUCUCGAACCCAACACUACAACUUUCUGAGGAUGGUGACUUGUUGACUUUUGAGCCCGAGUUUACAACCGGUACAUGGCUGCCAGGGGCCAAGGUGCCUGCUGUCAAUACAACUACCAAUGAAAGUGAUGAUAGUUUUCAUUAUCGUAUUCCGUUUCUAGCUAAAGGGCAGUUCUCUGCUGAAUUAGAAGUAGAAAAAGAUGGAAUGGGUUACUUGAUAUUAUAUAAUACUAUUCUUCCUGAUGGCCAUCAGUAUAAGUAUGGCAGGACAAUGAUUUACGCCAAUGGAAUUCAGUUCGGAAGACACCUUCGCAAAGUUGUGAGAUUUUGGGCAUCUGCGGGGACAAUGGUAUCUGUAAUGAGCGGAAUUUACCUCUUUGUGAUUGCCCCAAAGGAUUUAGACCAAAAGAUCCAAGAAAGUGGGACUUAUUUGAGUACACAGGAGGGUGUCAGAGAAGCAAGCCUUUAG